AAAAAAAUAAGACGCAAGAGAAGAGGAAGACCGCGCGGCGCACACGCACAUGGGGGAGAGCGCGAGGUUGCUUCUUUUUUUUCUCCUUCAUUCCUGCGCGUCGCACGAUGGCUCAUAUAUGAGGAGGACACUUCGGGAUGUGGACAUACUCGAGUGUCUCCGCGGAGAGAAGCGCAUGAGAGAAGGCGACCCCGCGUCCGACUCCUCCGACACCGAGACGGACUCCUCCCCACCUCGGCCGUGACACCUCCCGGUAAACCGCCGAGAGAGACGGAUAAGUGUGUUUGUUCCUCCGCGGACGCUGGAGACCGACCCUGACGCCGCCAUUCGCCCGCCAGUGACUGAUUGUGUGGCUUUAAAAAGUUGCCUGGAGAACAUGGACAUCUGACGUGCGCCACACGGCGUCAUUGGACACAUAGGGCCCCUAUCUCUCUCCCUCUCUCUCUCUCUCUCUUCAUCUCUCGCUCUCUUCUCCAUCACAUCUCGGACAGGCUCAUCCCCUGCGCUUUGGCUUUGGAGUAAGAAGAAGAAGAAGGAGGAGAAGUGUUGAGCAGUUGUCAUUCGCCCUGACACGGGCUGCAUCCAGGAGCUCUACCUGCAGGAGACCGCUGCCUGUUGUGCCGAUGCGCAUUCGCUGAUCUCUGUAUCUUGUGCACGUUCUGUCAGCGCACCUCGGAUUUGUCAGAGCUGACAUCCCGCAUGAAAUAAAGCCAAUGAAUCAUCUGGACCCUCGCCCUGCACCCGAGUGAACAAACGCAGUGACGCGUAGCUUUUUUUCCUCCUGAACCCUAAACAAGUGUCAUCGCCUGCCCCCCCUUGAAUGGUCACAAUCUUUUUUUGUGCCAUUUUUCCUUUUUUUGCAUUUCCCCCCCGAGCCACGCGUCUUGUUUGUCAUCUGUGCGCGCGCUCAACCCCGAACUGCGCCAGAGAACAACACACGGCCACAUGUGAGCGAGACCCGUCACCUGUCCCGGCUGCAGCGCGCGAGUCCACCGACUGACCGACCCAACACCGGAGAGGAAUACGUGCCGAAGUUUCGCUGUAGUGAUGCUGCAAGUGGAAAUGAUCAUCGUUGUGUGCCUGGUGCUGUUGAUGUGUGUAUUCAGCCAGGAGCCCAGCUCCAAAGUGGUGGCGGACCGCUACGCCGUCUUCUGGAACCGGACCAACACCAAGUUCCAUCGUGGGGACUACCACAUUGACGUCUGCAUAAACGACUACCUGGACGUCUACUGUCCUCACUACGAAGACACGGUGCCGGAGGAGCGGACGGAGCGCUACGUCCUCUACAUGGUCAACUAUGACGGCUACAGCACGUGUGAUCACACCGCCAAGGGCUUCAAGCGCUGGGAGUGCAACAGGCCGCACUCCCCGAACGGGCCGCUCAAGUUUUCGGAGAAGUUCCAGCUCUUCACUCCCUUCUCCCUGGGCUUCGAGUUCCGACCGGGCAGAGAAUACUACUACAUCUCCUCCACCAUCGCUGAGAACGGGAGGAAAACAUGCCUGAAGCUGAAAGUUUUCGUCCGACCAUCAAACAGCUGUGUGAAAACUAUAGGCGUACAUGACCGUGUUUUUGAUGUAAACGACAAAGUAGACAAUACAUUAGAACCACGAGACGAUACCAGUCACGAACCAGCCGAGCCUUCCCGAAGGGAGACAAAUGCUGCGCCGCACCUGCACAACACAAGUCCACUCCUGGCUUUGUUGCUGGCCUGCCUAGCAGCACUCUUCACUUUAUAGCGCCUCCCUAUGUCCAGGAGGGCAUUUAACACCUAGCGUGGCCUGAAUCUGCCCGAGGCUGCAGGGAAGGGGCGGGCUUUGGGGGCAGUGUGUUGGCUUGAUUGGGCGUCAGAGCAGGCUUCUCAAGGAACCCUCUAUUUUUUUCAGAACAAAAAAAAAUAUUUAAGUGGUCUUUCUCCGUCUGUGAGUGAAAAAAGUUGAUGUUGGAAGGGGGGGGGAGACACUCCCCCCUCUUAAACCUUCAACUAAGAUGCCAAAUCUCGUUUUUUGACACUUAGUGAUUCUUAUUUUCCCGUGACUUGACAUCCCUUUACAUCAUGUUUAUGUCAUUGCAGCACUGAUGUUUACCCACACAUACAUACAAACACACACACACACACACACAUAUACUCACACACACAUCUUGCUUACAAAGUCACAUACACAUUGCCUCAAACAGUCAAUAGCAGUAGGGUUUUUACACAGUUGUAUACAGUAGCAGCCUUACACAGUAGGAAAGUGAAGAUUCUAGGUCUUACAAAUGAUUGUACAUACACAAAAUAAAUAGCUAAUCCCGAGACCUCUCACGAAGCCUUUCAGAAAAGAUCUUGAUAGAAUUCUGAUCCGUCAUUAGAAGCAGAUUUCUUGUACCACCGCUGUACUGGGCUAUGCGCUUAAAAGUGGAAUGAUGAAGGAAAUUAGGAGUAAUGGUUUAAAGCAAAGGUCAGACUGGAAACCACAGCGCUGAGAAAUUAAGUAAAUGGCCUGCACAUUAGUCUAUUGAUCUUGAGACUGUCCUGAUUUAUAGAUGGUGCUCAGUUUUCUCUUAAAUAUAAAUUGCAUGUGUUUGUGAGUAAACUACUUAGAGAUGGAGCGAGAACCAUUGGGCAACUGGUUCUUGUCCCUCUUUGUGCAGUCCCCGCUCAAACACCUCUCAAAGCACUCGGUUGAAUCUGACUCACCAAACAACUAAACUGAAACUUUCUCACCAGAUACUUUGUGGACUGUUAUUUAGAACGAGGAUCAAUAUCUUUUGAAAGCUGAUCAAAUAAUUUCCCGGCAACAGUCACAAUCAUUUUAUGCUGCGUUGACUCAGCUGGGCAACAAUUGUUGCCUGUUUCCUUUGAGCUGUAGUCAAUAUUUAACACUCCCACGGAAAUUUGCAUCCACAGCUUUUUCUUUUCCUUCACAAUUGAUUGAUAAAGUUAUUGUUUGAAAAAUGAUUCACAGCUAAAUUGGACCUCAAGUUGUUUUACUAAUACUAGUUUCUCCAGACAUUGCCUUUAGCUUUGCAGACCCAGUAAAUUUAGUAUUUUUGUUCCGUCUGUAUUAAGAACAAUAAGGCCACGAUCACACAUACACAAAUGCAGGUUGAAUGAUAAUCACCUGCUGAGGCAAAUUACUGGGGGCAGUGCAGGAUGUGACGCAAACCAGUUGUGGACCCACAUAUAGCCAGUUUGAGGUUGUGGUUGUUGGUUUUUUGGGUAAUUUUCCUGACAUCAAAGUAGCGGCGAGUUCAACAGAUCUGAAAUCAGGGUCUCUACCUCUAUUCGGUCUGGGCUCACUAUGACAGUCACAGCCAAUGACGGCCAAAAGCCAAACACACAAACGUUGUUGCUACUGGUCGAGGCUGUGAUGCUGCUGGUUUGAAUUCACCAAAAUUGAACUCCACUCCACUUGUCACAAGUGGGUCGCUCGCCCCCUCAUUGCCACAGAAUAGAAAGGAAUGUUCACGGCUGGUACAUUCGUGUAUGUGUGACCGUGACAAUCAAAAUUUACAUUAAUACACUUUUUCCUCACAUCUUUGUCCUUUUACAGCUUUUAAUCAUGCUCAGAUGAUAGUUAGUUGGUUCUCGGAUUCAGAUAAUUAUUAUGUAGCUCCAAUUAGUUACAGCAUUGCUUUAAAGGAGAAAGUUCAAGUAAAGGCAAUAGACAGCUCUAGUCGAGCCAGGUUGGUUUUAGCACUUAUAUUCAGAGCAAUUCACUGUGUUUUUAAUGAUAUUCAGCUUCCAUCAUCUCCCACAGAUGCACAUGGUGAGUUUCUUUUUACAUCGGAGGGCAAUGUUUCUGAGCUAAUGUCAAGUACGGACAGAAGGAGGAAUAAACUCUGCGUUACUUUCUCAGAGCCGGGCGUUGUAUGACAAAUAAGGCACCAGUUGGUUUAAUGAGAGGUAGAGAGAGAGAGAGAAGUGGAGUGAGAGAAGCGGCACAGGCGCAUGUCGCGUGUCCACCCUCAGCUCCUAGUGUUACUGGUUUAAGUAACUCUUUAAUGAGGUUCAAAAUGACAGGCAUGUGGACCCCAUGUUGUGGCAAGGGGAGUUAUUUCUGGUAUUAAAAAUAGAUGGCGGAAGGCUUGGGGGGUCUCGGGAGGAGGAGGAGGAGGGGGGGGGUAUGGAUUUCCACUGUGGGGGGGGGGGUUUAAAGCACCAAUGACCUUGCAGAUUGAGAGAAUCGCUGAGUGAAGGAGACAGAAAGAAUAAAACAGAGGGACGCACACGCAGAGAGGAGUCAUGGGAGGUACAGCAGAAGGUAGUGUGACUGGAGUGCCUAACAAAACAGCUCGAAAUCCACGCACCCCCACUGCAAACACAAAAACCCACCAGAUUCAAUGACAAACAUACUGUUCAGUACCAUUCAGUCUUAAAAGGCACACACUGUUUUGUUUUUGUGUUGAUUUUAUUUUUGUGGCUGCCUUUAAUCUGUUUUUUGUUUUUUUGUUUUAGUUUUCUCCCAAGAAAGACUGCCUUUGCCUUUUGCCAUAUGUUUUUUGUGCUACGGUAACAAUGCUAUUGCAGUGGAAAUAGCAGCUCAGCUACGGGGGGGGUAAUAGGAGACCAGGCCAUUUAAUGAGGUACUAAUUUUCAGGAUAACACCGUGGGGAAAUGAGCACCGCAUACGAUCCAAAAUGGAGGCUUGUCAGCAGAUUAACACUAGACUCUUUAUCAGAAACCAGCUUUGACUGUACUCUCUUAUAGUUACCAAUACUACUCUUUGUCAUUAUUGCUAUUAUUACCAUGGUUUCUUCUGUACACACCUUAACUUGGGAAAUGAGGAUCAACUUAUAAACUGGAUACUGUGUAUCCUGAGGUAGUCAACCAUAAAACAUGUAGUGUUAGGGUAGUAUCCGUUUUGUACCUUUCUGGAGGACAAAAGAAAAAAGUGAGAUACAUCAUUGUUAAAACUGUAUAAUUAUUAUUAUUGUUAUGAUGAUGAUGAUUACGACUAUUAUUAUUAUUAUUAGGACAACUUCUUGAUGUAAAUAGUGUUUGAUAUUAAAGUAUUAAUUUGGUUCUUAUGUCUUUUCUAAAAAACGAACACGGUAUUAUCUCUGGGUUUUGCGGAGUGUGUACUGUCCUCAAACAAACGCAUUGUGUGCUUCGAUCCUCGAUGCCUGAUGAAACUUUGAGCUCAUACGAAGGGGAAACCUGUGGGAACUGUGCACGCACCAGUGUGCAGGAGGCUGGACAUUGGCCAACAAGUGGCUCACCUGUUACAUGUUUCAAACCAGUCACCGACCCUCCACCAUCUCUUCACAUAAGGAUCCUGCCUCGGAGAGAAACCCCUUGGGACAGAUUGGACGGCCUAUUUGUACGCUUUCUUUUUGUUUUGUGUUGCCUUCAACGUUUAGGAGGCAGCUCAACGAUCUGCCCUGAGUGGACUGUCAGCUUUUCAACUGCAGGAUCUCGCCGGUUUUCAUUAUGUGGCAUGCGCAUGGACUUUGAUGACAUGUAAAAAAGAAAAAGACAAAAAAAAAAAAAAAUAGAUCAAAAAAGUUUAAAAAAUAAUGUUUUUUUUCCUUUGCUCUUAUUUUCCUUUUUAAGGCGUACUAGAUUUUUUGAUCACAUUCAUGUUGUGUGUGUUUUGCAUCCCCAUUUGAGUGAUGUCAUAGAGCUGUGUAGUUUCAGAUGACAAAUGUACAUAACACAAUCCAUUGUUGUGAAGUUACAGUGGGGGUAGGUCAUUUUGUAGUUCAACAACAAUGUUUUUUUUUCAUUUCCUGAGUGCGACUCUCGUCUGUGCUCACCUCCAGAAUUCAUCCCAUGUAGUUGCAGUCUCCUCCGACUAUUCAUCCUCCUGCCGCCCUCACAAGAGGAGGCGUGUUGUGGAGUGUAUACAUCGAUGUGCGGAUGUUUUUCAGCUUGGAAAAAAAAAUGUGUGAGACUGUUUGAGUUUGUGUGUGUGUGUGUGUGCGUGUCUCAUUCGCUGUUGCCGCAGUGAAUGGGAAGCGGCAACCCUCUUUGGCAAAGAAGAGUGUUUCCCAUGCCUUAGCCCUUCAGCCUCUGCCCUGGCAGCCCCGUCUGUGUACAAGACGCUUUCUGCCAUUGUGCUUUUACAUGGAAUGGGUGCUGGCGUCGGAGAGACUACAACAGGGCCCUUCACGUUUCUCUCCCUUUUGAACGCCCCAGAAUCACUUGUCCCUACGGUAUACGUUGCUCCUGGGUACAGUUGGAGGAUUAGUGCAGCCCCUCCACCAAAUCCUAGAGUGGAUUGUUAGAGGGGGGGGGGGGGGGGGGGGGGAGUCUAUCAUCGAUCCAGGUCCACAGCCUCUCUUUGUCAGUGACGCUCUUGCUGACCAGCCACUUGUUCAUGUCUGUGCGACUGUCCCUGUCCCAUCCCUCUUUGUGCUUGUAUAACCUCCACCACACCACCUGCUGUCCUUGUCCCCCUCACCUUUGAACCCCGCUCCCACUUUGCCAUCAGUGGGGGAAUAUUUCCAACCUGCUCUUUUACAGUAUAUAAACGACAACAAAAAAACUUUGACAAAAAAAUAAUCUGUAUUUGUAUAUACACGUGUCUGAGCAACUAUGAGUAAUACAAUAAAACAGAAAUACAUUGCUU